CGGUUUCUUUUUUAAACACACCAAAAGAAUCUGAACCAAAAUUUUGUACUUAUUCCGAUCACCUCCUUUUUCCGUCACCGGCGACUUCUGAUCCUAAAACUUGUUAAUAUUUUCGCCGGAGAUGGAUAAUCCGGCUACCGUCCGUCGUUUACUGAGCGGUGACGUCAUGGUUUCCGUACGUGACGUGCGCACCUAGCCUAAAACCUAACUAUAGCUUAAAACCCUACGCGAAAGCGAGCGAAACGUAGCAGAGAUUAGAAGUUAUUCCUUGUUGUUUUCUAACAAAUCGCCAUUAAAGUAGUGAAAUAAUCAUAUAAUAUUGCUAAUCUGUAAAGAUAAAAUCAUCAGUUUUGCAGGUUUUUCUAGAGAUUUAAGCGGAUUUCUAGGUUUUCGUGCCGCGUGAUUCCGUUCGUAUAAUAUGCUGUGUUUUUGUAGUUACAGCUGUUUGAAAUUAGUUUUUUAUUUGUAGAAUUUGUUGUUUGUGAUUUCUGAAUCGAACGAAUGAACAAUUGCGUAUCGUCAUCAACAAAUUUAGGUUUUCGUAAGAACAAUUAGGGUUAGGUUACACGGUAUCAUCACUUUAUCUUCAAUUUAUCGUCAAAUCGGAAGAAGUUUGUGCUAUGCCGUUGACGAUGAAGAUACAACCGAUCGAUUCCACCACACCUGAAUGUUUCGAGCCGUUGAAAACAGUGCCGAAGUCUCGAUUGAGGCGUUUUUUCGAUUUCUCGAGCUUUGUGAGAGGAUCAGCGGUUGCGGACAGGUCCGGCGCCGGCGAACCGCCGUGCGGCAAAGAGUUUUCCGACGAAUUCGAACCGAGCUCUGUUUGUUUGGAUAAAAUGGUGCAGAAUUUCAUAGAGGAGAGUACCGAGAAGCAGCACUCUGUUGCCGUUGCCGGGGCAGUUAAAUGUUGCCGGAAUAAUCACCACCAGUGCAGUUGCGUUAACGGUGUUAACGGCAACUGUUACUGUAGUACGGAUGGUUCGGAAGAUGAGUUAGAUUCGUUUAAUUGUUUUGGUAACUCUCAUAACCACAGUUCGUCUACAGACGCGUGUGAUCCUCUUAAGAGUUUGGUACUUUGUGAGACAGUUUUCGAAAGAAAUCUGUUGGCGGAUGUUGCGAAAAUCGUUGAUAAACACAAGAUCUGUAAGAGGAAAGAUGAAAUUAGUCGGAAGAUUGUCAUUGAUGGCAUCUUAGGGUUUGGAUACACUGUUUCUUUAUGUAAAUCUCGUUGGGAGAAAACUUCAACAUAUCCUGCAGGGGAAUACGAGUAUAUUGAUGCAGUAAUCGAAGGGGAUCGAGUGAUAAUCGACAUAGAUUUCAGAUCAGAAUUUGAAAUAGCAAGAUCUACCAAAAGCUACAAAGCGGUUCUCCAAAUGCUUCCUCAGAUAUUCGUGGGUAAAGCGGAUCGUCUGCAGAAGAUCAUCAACAUAGUUUCGGAUGCGGCUAAACAAAGCAUGAGGAAGAAAGGAAUGCCUCUGCCUCCAUGGCGAAGAGCGGAUUAUGUUAAAGCUAAAUGGCUGUCUCCCGUUGAUAAUAACAAUAACCAAUCUUUUAAUGAAAUUGGAACAAAAGGUAACACGGUUUCAGACCCGAAAGACCCGAUUUUGGUUGGUGAAUUUGAAGAGGAAGAACAACAAUGGGAGCCAUUGGAGAUUAAGCCAAAGGUGCCAAAGAGUGGAGGUAAAGUUGUUAGCGGUCUAGCCUCUGUGAUCGAAGGCAAAUGAUAACGAUAUAAGAUAACGAUAUAAUUACGAUAUCCGGUUAUAAUUAGUCUAAGUCCUGUUAUAUUUGAAUUUCGUUUCGAAUUUGUGGUUCUUGAUUUUCUUGAUUUGAAUCUUGAAAAUGGAACCCAAAUCACAGAAAUGAUGAUUUGGAUAAAAUGGGAUUUAGAACAACUGGAUUACCCUUAUAAAAGGUUUUGGUAUUUUGACUAUUUUCCAUUUUUGGUUUUUGUUUUUCUUUUUUUGGUCAUUUUGGCACCAUAAAAAAGAAAAAAAAUGAGAGAAAAAUAUAUACCCUAUGAAGAUGAUAAGAUGGAUAGACCGAUGUCCCCUUGGUGUUUUUUGUUGUAAAGGGUCCAUCUUUACUAACUGCUUUUGAUAUAAUAAUAAUGAUAAAUAAAAAAAUAAAUGGAAUAUUCUAUGGUUUGUAGCA